AUGGGUUUCUUCAGCACUUUAUUUGGAGUUUGUGGAUUUGGAAUUGGGAUUUCAGUUGGUCUUGUUAUUGGAUAUUUUCUCUUUAUUUAUGUUCAACCCAGCGAUGUAAAGGAUCCUGAUAUUUGUCCAUUGGCCAAGCAAGAUGAAGACACUUUGCAACGGAUUCUUCCUGAGAUUCCAAUUUGGCUGAAAAAUCCAGACUUUGAUCGGGUUGAUUGGUUAAACAAGUUUCUUGAAUACAUGUGGCCCAACCUUGACAAGGCUAUUUGCAAGACUGCAAAGGGUAUUGCAACACCCAUAAUCGAUGAGCAGAUAAAAAAUUAUAAAAUAGACUCAGUUGAUUUUGAAAAGUUAACACUUGGGACCUUGCCUCCAACUUUUCAAGGGAUGAAAGUCUUUGUGACUGAUGAGAAGGAGCUGAUCAUGGAGACUUGUUUAAAAUGGGCCGCAAAUCCUAAUGUUAUUGUUGCUGUUAAGGCAUUUGGGUUGAAAGCAACCGUUCAGGUGGUAGACUUGCAAGUUUUUCUUUCACUGCGGAUUACAUUGAAACCUUUGGUUCCAACAUUUCCUUGCUUUUGCAAUAUUUUUGUGUCUCUUAUGGAGAAGCCACAUGUUGACUUUGGGCUAAAACUGGUAGGGGCAGAUCUUAUGUCCAUUCCUGGCCUCUACAGGUUUGUUCAGGACAUUAUCAAAGAUCAAGUUGCGAAUUUGUACCUGUGGCCAAAAACCUUGGAAGUGCAAAUUUUGGAUCCAAUAAAAGCAUUGAAGAGGCCUGUGGGAAUUCUCAAUGUAAAGGUUCUGAGGGCCAUAAAGCUUAAAAAGAAAGAUCUACUUGGUGCGUCUGACCCUUAUGUAAAACUAAAGCUUUCCGAUGAAAGGAUGCAAUCAAAAAAGACCUCAGUGAAGCACAAAUGCUUGAAUCCAGAAUGGAAUGAAGAAUUUAAUCUUCUUGUUAAAGAUCCUGAGAACCAGGUUUUAAGUCUUAAAGUUUAUGACUGGGAUCAGGUUGGGAAACACGAAAGGAUGGGUGUAAAUAUAGUCCCGUUAAAAGAAGUUGCCCCUGAAGAGGCUAAAGUUUUUACUCUUGAUCUCUUGAAAAACAUGGAUCCCUACGAAGGCGAAAAUGGGAAGUCCCGCGGUCAGAUUGUUGUAGAAUUAACAUAUAGACCAUUUAAAGAAGAGGACUUACUCAAGGACAAAGGGGCUCAGAUAAUACAAAAUGCUCCUGAAGGCACUCCUCCUGGGGGAGGCCUGCUUGUGGUUAUAGUCCACGAAGCUCGAGAUGUUGAAGGAAAGUACCACACUAAUCCUCAAGCUCGAGUUCUUUUCAAAGGCGAGCAGAAAAGGACUAAGCAUAUAAAAAAGAACAGAGAUCCAAGAUGGGCUGAGGAGUUCCAAUUUGUAGCAGAGGAACCUCCCACUAACGAGAAAUUACACGUGGAGGUUGUCAGCACCUCGUCCCGCAACCUGUUGCAUCCCAAGGAAUAUCUGGGUUAUGUGGAGAUCAGUCUGGCGGAUGUUGUCACUAACAAGAGAAUUAAUGAAAAGCAUCAUCUCAUAGACUCAAAGAAUGGUCGCAUCCAAGUAGAGUUGCAGUGGAUACCUUCGUAAGCUUGAUGAUAAAAUUCUCCCUUUUCAUUUUUGUUCCGUCAUUCAUCAUUCUUUCUUUCUUAAACGAAAUCUUUGUUCUAUGGCCAACAAAGAGAGUCUUAUUUCUUCAAUUUUGGGGAGAUUGAUAUCUUAAACGAAAUCUUGUCAGGUGGAUUGAUAUGUUCAUUUAGAUGUGUAAAAAUAAGCAUGUAGUUUACAAUCAA